AUAAGAGAAAUACCGACCGUAAUCAAAUUCCGAAUGAUUCGAGCGAUGGCGUAUUGCUACGGUGCCAACGUGCUCUUUCCUUGUCACUCCUUUUCUUCCUCACUCAUUCUUCAUCUCUUUCCCACUCCAUUAGCUUACCGGCCGUUCAGUUACGAUGCGCCGCCGGCGAAGAUUAAGCGGCGGUUUUCUUUUUCUCCUGCAGCUGCGCUGCCUUUCGACCUUUCUCCGCCUCCCAUUGACCACGACCUCCUCGAUACUAUGACGGUUGCUGGGGCCAAGGUAUCAGAAGAUGGAGCAAUAGGAACAUUCGAUAAUGACGAGGAGGCACUAGAUGCUGUUGAGAAUGCCGUCGCGGUUGUGGAUCUUUCACACUACGGCAGGAUAAGAGUUAGUGGAGAAGACAGGGUUCAGUUUCUUCACAACCAAAGUACUGCUAACUUUGAAAUUCUUCAUGAAGGGCAGGGAUGUGACACUGUUUUUGUGACACCAACUGCUAGAACCAUCGAUAUUGCCCACGCCUGGAUUAUGAAAACUGCGAUCACAUUGGUGGUCUCUCCAGUGACCAAGGAAAGAAUAACUGGAAUGCUUAAGAAGUACAUAUUCUUUGCAGACAAAGUUGAAAUUCAAGAUAUUACAGGACAAACAUCCUUGUUCGUACUAAUAGGGCCUAGAAGUAACCAAAUAAUGGAAGCUCUGAAUCUUGCUGACAUAGUUGGACAACCAUAUGGCUCACAUAAGCAUUACAGUGUAAAUGGAAUGCCAAUAACUGUGGGAGUGGGAAAUAUCAUCUCUGAAGACGGUUACUCACUACUGAUGUCUCCAGCUGCUGCUGAGUCGGUCUGGAAAGCUCUUCUAGGUCAUGGGGCCAUCCCAAUGGGUUCUAAUGCAUGGGAAAUUUUAAGGAUACUUCAAGGAAGACCAGCUCCUGGGAAAGAGCUCACUGAUGAGUUUAAUGUUCUGGAGGCUAAUCUGUGGAAUGCUGUUUCUCUUAAUAAAGGGUGCUAUAAGGGCCAAGAAACCAUUUCUAGGCUUGUAACUUACGAUGGCAUCAAACAGAGGCUGUGGGGAAUACGUGUACCAUCACCGGUGGAACCUGGCAGCACCAUCUCAGUGGACGGGAAAAAGGUUGGCAAGGUGACUAGUUUCACCAAAGGUAUACGAGCAUCUCAGCCCCUAGGACUUGGCUAUAUCAAGAGGAAAGCUGCUUCUGAGGGAGACACUGUAAUUAUUGGUGAUGAUGUUGUGGGUACAGUGGUGGAAGUGCCUUUUCUCGCUCGUCAAAUCCCUCCAUCCUAGAGCUAAUGUAGCAUAUGUGAUGGCUCUGUUAUAACUUACCCUGGCCUCCAGAGAAGGCUUAUAUAUGUUAGCACAUCGACAGUAUGGUAUCUGCUAUCUAAUUUGAGUGCUUGUCCCAUUGGUGGCUCUAUCAAAAGCCUCGUAUAGUGGUUUACCAGAUCUCGUGAGCCAGUAACCUUUUGCUGCAUCAAAACUGUGCACUGCAGGCCCCUCGGUCCGCCUCCAGAAUAAAGGAUAUCUCGUGUCAGGGGGCUUUAACACCUUGACAACCAAUUCAGAUGUAAUAGAAGUAUACUAUCUCUCUCAUUAUUGUCGCGAAUUCUCUUAACCCUUUUAGUUAUGAGCCACUUUACCUUGUGAUUUUUGUAAUCAUAAGCAAAUUCUUGUUAUUUACUAGGAUUUGCGUGGCUUGAACAUAAUUGAUAUUGUAGGAGAGCUAUUGGGGGCUAAUCAACCUUGAGUUAUAGAGGGUAUCUUUUCUUGUCAAAUUUUGUUAUGAAGUGAGUCAAAUCCUUUCUCCUUGAACUAAACAUUAGUUUCAUCA